AUGAAUGUUUUAAAAAAUAAAGUAAGCGUCAGUUUAAUUCAAUUAGCAGGUUCUACACCAGAUAAAUUACAUAAUCUAAAACAUGCCCAUGAUUUGAUUGCCAAAUGUAUGGAGAAGUAUCCAAAGACUCAGGUUAUUGUUCUUCCAGAAUGUUAUAAUUCACCAUAUGCUGUAGAUAAGUUUAGAGAAUAUAGCGAAGUUGUUGAAAUCAAGGAAAGUUCACCAAGUGUUUACCAAAUGUCAAAUUGGGCCAAAUAUUUCAAAAUUGUCUUGGUUGGUGGCUCCAUUCCAGAACUUGACCCAAAAAGUAACAAAGUUUACAAUACAUGUAUUGUCUUUGAUGCCAAUGGCAAAAUUUUGAAUAAGCAUAGGAAAGCACAUUUGUUUGAUAUUGAUAUUCCAAAUGGUAUCACUUUUCAAGAAAGCGCCACUCUAUCUGGAGGUACUCAAAUUACAAUUGUAGAUACCGAACUACCAAAGCGUGAUAGUACUGUUGGUCAAAAAGAGUUUAAAUUUGGUGUUGGUAUUUGUUAUGAUAUGAGAUUCCCAGAAUUAGCUAUGAUUAGCAGUAGAAAAGGUUGCAGUUGUAUGAUUUAUCCAUCUGCUUUUAAUACAGUUACUGGUCCCUUACAUUGGCACUUGUUGGCACGUAGUAGAAGCAUUGAUAAUGAAAUUUAUACUAUUUUAUGUUCACCAGCAAGAAGUAGUGACAAGUCUGUUUAUCAAGCGUAUGGUCAUUCUUUGGUAUGCUCUCCUAUGGGUGAAAUAUUAUGUGAAGCUAAAGAAGGUGAAGAAAUCUUAAAUUGUGAAUUGGAUCCUGAAGCUAUUAAUAAGGCUAGAGUGAGCAUUCCUAUUAAUUUUCAAAGAAGAUUUGAUAUGUAUCCAGACGUUUCUACUAAUAAGUAA